GCAACUCGUUAUGCUGCACAAAUAUAUAUUUUUGUUUUUGCUUCACGAGGUCGUCGAGACUGUGUGAGAGAUCGUAUACGAACGAACGACACGAAUGUGUGCGGUGCGUCAUGUACGUAUAUAAGACUAUCACAAUGUCACGUGUUCUUGGCUGGUCUUAUCACGUGAAAAAGCUGAAAGAAGUUCGUUACAUCGUUUUCUAAACACGAACCGAAAUUCGACAAUUAAUACGUUUUCUACUACCAGUUUUUUUACGCCUACCGCUAAUUCCUAUUUGACGUUAAACCGAAAGGCUAUGUUCGAGAUUCAGAUAGCCCUUCCAGUUUUUAUAAUUUUUAUAGUUUUAAAAAUGUUUAAACAUUUCACUUAAACGUUCACGUGUGCAUGUAUAAAAAUAUGACGGUAUGAGAUGAUAAGAGUGAUAAGGAUAUGCGAAUUGUACGGACAAUAGAUUUUUGACAACCGUACAACAAUAAAGAAUUAAUACAUUAACUAUGAAUGCUGUGAUCGCUCUAUGUAUCUUCUGUGAAUCCCACGGGCCCAGAGUGAUAUUCACGACACAAACGUAUCGUAAUUAUGACAAUCAGAGUACAGAGAAAUUAAAGUUCUACGGGCCGAAGGAGAUACUGAAACGAAGUCAGAAUGUUACCGAGGAUGGACAGCAUGAGUGCGAAGGAUGUCAGAGUAUUGGUAAUGUGAAAUAUUUAAGUAAUGAACAUGAAACUAGGACGUCAUUUCUAUCUGCCCAACAAUCAUUAACGCAAGACAUUUGGAGCUUGCUAAAGCAUGCAUGCAUUAGGAGCCUAAGCUGCGAAGUACACUCUGGCAAAGAAGGUGUUUGCUACUUUGGGGAUGAAAACCGGGGGCAUGUCUUAAGUCAUACGUUUACACUGAAAGAUGCCCAGGCAAGAGGUUUUCGUAAAUGGUGCAGUUUUAUUGUUUUCAUGAGGGAUAAACAGUUUCUAUUAAAUAUGUGGCCCUUUUUAGUUGACAAUUUAAAAGAAGUAAUACGGGAAUUACAAGAUUUCGCCGAAAAGAAGUAUAAUGCGGAAGAAGCCGAAUGCCCUCAGCGAGUUGCUCGUUUAUCAACAGCUAAUAGUGGACCAGGAACUUAUAAUAAUUCGAAACAGUCGAGAACUUUCAGUAACAUAACUAAUGAGAAACAUGUCUUUAUAAGAGUCCACAUGUGGCUGGUAUGGAUCCUUAGCGCGGGAGCAAGACACUUUAUAGAAAUAUUCCCGAUGAGCUUGUUGGACGACGAACUGAAUUACAAUUUGGAACAUCAGAUCGAGACCGAAGACGGCUUUACUUUAGUGAAUGCCAAAUUGCCUGUUAAUCUAACGUUGAAUUCAAACGAGCCGGAAACAACAUCGGAGUUCUCCGAAGUCUCGGGGAAAUCCACGAUAGUGAUACUUAAGGAUUUGAGAGCCGUGUUAGGGAAGGAUCAAUUUAGGCAGUUACUGUAUUCUAGUUUAACAGGUGUACAAAUUUUGGUGAGAGGUCCAAACGUCGAACGAUUAGAAUCUUUGUACGGCCUCAGCUCUCUUAUUCCACGCGCGUGUAGAAGAGUCAAGAUCCAAGCAACGGAAUACAUGGAUCCUAACAAGUGUAACUUUAUCGGUGUCGAUACUUCCAUAGCUGUACCUCUGCCUUGCGCGAAUGUCUGCAGAUUAGACAUCGUAGCUGACGAGCAUAAAGUUACAAAUUCAAGCUCGCACGUUGUCAGAUGGACAGGAGCGCUGCCUUUGAAGUUACCGACUUUAUUAACGAAGAUCGAAAAGUCGCUCGAAAACGAAAAGCUUGGGAUUUCUACUAUAAAAGCCCAUUUGGCCGCGCUGCAAGAGGAAUGGUCCAAUAUUGCGAAAGUGGUUCACGCUAUGAGAGGACGUGGUCACAGCGGUGAUCUUUCCGAGCUUAUGCUCAAUUUAGGUGCUGGACCUCAUGAUAAAAAAUUAUUAGACGCCUGGUCUAUGGGUCUACCCCCGAACCCAGCAUAAUAAUUCUCUUAAUUAUAGAAUAUUAUUUGGUAAUAUUUAAUUUAAUACAAAUGUAUCCUCUUGAUUCUAUUUCUAAUCUGUUCAUGCAAUAUUUAUAUAUCCAAGGUUGUGCGUCAUUUUUUAUUUAAUAUAUAUAUAUAUAU